AUGGAAGCGCGGCAGAAUUGGCCGCGUCUGGGGAAACCCGGGGCCAGAUAUCAACCACAGCAAGACUGGAGCAGUAUGUUUUCAACACGCACCUCCGACGAAGUAUACUCCGAGGCGCUGUGGCGCACGGGGACCGGGGAGUUUUACCCGGACGGCGUGGACGACACGCUGCAAUGGACAACAGAGACAGAUGCCUGGGUGUUACCUGGGCUUGAGCCCGCGGCGCUCGACGUGCUAGACGCGUUUGGGCCGCAGGGGUCGGCCGCGGAAGCGGCUGCGGAGACGGCGGCAACAUCCGUGCCCCUCGGCGGGCUCGCGUGGGACACGUACUGCCUGGCGCCCCGGGGCGCCGUCCCGGAGCAAGCCGGGUACGACAGGGUAAGCCACGCUAGAAAGUCGUGGAGCUCGGGCGGACGCGUGCAUAAGCGGCGCGCGUCCGCGCCCGUGCCGGCGCCGGCGCUUGCGCCGGCGGGCCCGGGGCUCCGGGACGACUUUUGCGAGUCCGGACACCGGCUGGGGUUGGGGUUCGAGUUUGAGUUUGAGUCCGGGUCGGUGUUGGAGUGCGGGUCCGGGUCGGGCAAUGGGUCCGGGUCCGGGUCCGGGUCAGGGUCCGAGUCGCCCGUCCUGUGCACGUCCCCCACGCCGCCCACGCCCGCGACGCCGGCCGUGUACAAGUAUGUCGCCAACGCGCAGAUGGCGAUGCAGGCAGACACCCUGAAGGUCGAACGCGUCAACGAGGCGCGCCGGCUCUGUGUGGCCCGCAUGGACGCGUCGCGCGCGGCCGCGAUCGCCGCGCAGCUCCGCGCCAGACACGGCACCGCGGCGGAAAGCGCAGCGCAAGUCACGAGCCUCUUCGAGCAGAGUCACGUGACCGCAAAGCUCGCUUUGCUCGCGCUCGAGUGGGAGCCCAGGCUCCAGGCGCGCAGGACGCGUUUGGAGCAAGUGGCGCUCGCCGCCGGCGACGCCAGCGCUCUAAACCAAGUUCUUUGGCUGGACCAGCGACACGAGCGUCUGCCCGAGCAAGCCAAGCAGUUUCCCAGAGCGACCGUGUGCGAUGACCCCAGCGGCCCGCACCGUGCCUACACGGUAGAAGUGCGCACCAGCAGUGGCUACAACGAUUUUCUGCAAUCGCUGUCCUUCGCGGAUCUCACGCUUUUGAGGCUGCGCUCGCUCUCGCUGCUACGCGAGAGCGACGACCGGAAGCGCAAAAACAAAUACUAUGAGUUCAUCGAGCGCAAGAUGAAGCGGCCCUUGAACAGCUUCAUGCUUUACCGAUCCGCCAUGAUGAAGGCCGUUUCUAUCCUGAAAGUCUGCAGCAUUGUCACCGCGCUGUGCGCCGAGCUCUGUUCUUCCGUCGACAAUUGCGACUCCGAAUUUGACGCCCUUUGCCUGCUGCGCCGCACGAUACUGCAGCGGCAAAAUCUUCAAAACUCCCCUAUCCUGGGCUCCUGGGAUGAAUACCACGCUGACACCAGCGAAUCUGCAUUAUAUUCGCCCGCGGUGCAUGACAUUGUCUCGGGCCUGAUAGAGAAGCAUCUAUAUCAACAAAGCGCUACAACCGAAGAGUUGCUUCCGAUUGACCCCAAAUUUGCCAACCAAACUGUAGUGGCUCAGAUCAUCACACUAAUGUGGAAUGCCGAGCCAGAAGAGUUCAAGCGGCAUUUUGUAGAAUUUUCCCGGCUGGAGAAAGGGCAUCAUCACUUGGUUUACCCAAAAUACAAGUACUGUCCCAUGAAAAAAGCCAAUACUCGAAGCCCCGGGUCCAGAGACCUUUAG